GCUGCGACCUGCAGCGGCUUCAGCAUCUCGAGAGACCAGGCACGGGCGAGGCCCAGCGCCAGCCCACCCUCCCGCCAGGUGCCGUCCCGGGGGCCCGGGUGGGCCUGCCUGUACCCCCUUCCUCACUUCCCACACUCUCCACACGCUGGACUAAGUUGGAUUUCCCUUUCAUGCUAAAGAACACAAGGCCGGCCGGGUGUGAGUUCAGGGAAGAUGGAGGCCGGGCGUGGAGUUGAGGGCGGGCGCGGUCAGCUGCCCCUGGUGGAGCGCACAGCUCGGGCCGGCGAGCCAAGGCCGUGGGGAAGGUGCGGGUCGGGGUGGACCAGGGGCUCACAUGGCGUCUGAUUCAGUCCUUCUGUGUCUCAGCUCCACUCUCAGCUCUGUGGCCUCAUUCAGGCCGGGGGCUGCCCUCACUAGGCUGGGUAGCGGACAGGCAGAGCCGUCGGUGCCCCCGGGGACAGGCCGGGGGAGGGUUCUCCUGGAGAUGGAUUCUUCCCGCAGAUCGGACCGCCGCUGGAAUUCCGCAUCCACUCCCGCUGCCGUCGCUGUCACGCCCUCGGAGAUGCCGCAGCUGGUCUUCCCCGGCCCCCCGCUGGCCACCAACAGCGAGUGUGACCGCACGGCCCCCAGCAGGCGGGCGUCCCUCGGCUCGCCCCUGAGCCAGCCGCUGAGCCGGCCGCAGCCCGAGAAGCACGGGCCCCAGGCGGCCCGGGAGGUGCGCUACGUGGCGACGGGGCGGCCGGACGAGGCCUGCGGCUGGCGGGCCUUCGCUCCCACGUGCCUGCAGGCCUUCAACACAGCCCGGGGUUUCCUGCUAUUCCUGUGCGCGGCCUCCUUCCUGCAGGGCAUGACCGUGAACGGCUUCAUCAACACCGUCAUCACCUCCAUUGAGCGGCGCUACGACCUGCACAGCUACCGCAGCGGCCUCAUCGCCAGCGCCUACGACGUGGCCGCCUGCCUCUGCCUCACCUUCGUGGGCUACUUCGGGGGCCGCGGCCACAAGCCCCGCUGGCUGGGCUGGGGCGUGCUGGUCAUGGGGGCUGGCUCGCUGGUCUUCUCGCUGCCCCACUUCACCACCGGCCCCUACGAGGUGCAGGUGGACGAGGCCGUCGGAACGUGCCGGGCCAACCGCAGCGCAACCUGCGGGGGCCACGCCUCUGGCCUGUCCAGCUACCAGCUGGUCUUCAUGCUGGGCCAGUUCCUACACGGCGUGGGCGCCACCCCGCUCUACACGCUGGGCGUCACCUACCUGGACGAGAAUGUCAAGUCCAGCUACUCGACUGUCUACAUCGCCAUCUUCUACACCGCGGCCAUCCUCGGCCCCGCAGCCGGCUACCUGGUCGGAGGUGCCCUGCUGAAUAUUUACACUGAAAUAGGCCAGCGGACGGAGCUGACCACCGAGAGCCCGCUGUGGGUCGGCGCCUGGUGGGUGGGCUUCCUGGGCACUGGAGUGGCCGCCUUCCUCAUCGCCGUGCCCAUCCUUGGCUACCCGCGGCAGCUGCCAGGCUCCCAGCGCUACGUGGUCAUGAGAGCAUCUGACACACACCAGUUAAAGGACAGCAGCCACGGGGUGACCAGCAACCCCGACUUCGGGAAAACCAUCAGAGACCUGCCUCUCUCCAUCUGGCUCCUCCUGAAGAACCCCACGUUCAUCCUGCUCUGCCUGGCCGGGGCCACAGAGGCCACGCUCAUCGCUGGCAUGUCCACGUUCGGCCCCAAGUUCCUCGAGUCCCAGUUCAGCCUCAGUGCCUCGGAAGCUGCCACCUUGUUUGGGUACCUGGUGGUGCCGGCGGGCGGCGGAGGCACGUUCCUGGGCGGCUUCUUUGUGAGCAGGUGCAAGCUCCGAGGCUCGGGCGUCAUCCGGUUCUGCCUGCUCUGCAGCCUGACCAGCAUGCUGGCCUUCCUCGUCUUCUUCAUGCACUGCCCCAACGUGCCCAUGGCGGGCGUGACCGCCAGCUACAACGGGAGCCUCCUGCCCGAAGGCCACCUGGGGCUGACAGAUGCCUGCAACGCCGCCUGUGGCUGCCAGCCAGAGCACUACAGCCCCGUGUGUGGCCCCGACGGCCUCAUGUACUACUCGCCCUGCCACGCGGGGUGCCCGGAGGCGGCCUCGCCUGGCCCCGGUGGCCAGAAGGUGUACCGAGACUGUAGCUGUGUCCCUCAGAAUUUUUCCUCUGGUUUUGGCCAUGCUACCGCAGGGAAAUGCACUUCAACUUGUCAAAGAAAACCCCUCCUUCUGCUUUUCAUAUUCGUUGUAAUUAUCUUUACCUUCCUCAGCAGCAUCCCUGCACUAACGGCAACGUUACGGUGUGUCUGUGACCAGCAGCGAUCCUUUGCGCUAGGAAUCCAGUGGAUCGUGGUUAGAACUCUAGGGGGCAUCCCGGGCCCCAUCGCCUUCGGCUGGGUGAUCGACAAGGCAUGCCUGCUCUGGCAGACGCAGUGCGGCCAGCAGGGCUCCUGCUUCGUGUACCAGAACUCGGCCAUGAGCCAGUACCUGCUUAUCGCAGGGCUGGCGUACAAGGUCCUGGGCUUCGUCUUCUUCACCACUGCCUGCUUCCUGUACAAGCCCCUGUCGGGGUCUUCGGACGGCCUGGAGGCUUCUCUGCCCAGCCAGUCCUCAGCCUCCGACAACCCCACGGACCUUCAGGAAGCCCCCUCAGCCCUCCAGAUCCAGAGCGACAUCUGACAGCCCACCCGCCUGCCCGGGGGCACGGGCCUGCCGCGACACUUCCUAGGAACACUAUCUAAUUUCUCCCCGGAAGGGGUGACCCCUCCCUGAUUGAUCCCCGGCACUGAGGACCCUGCAAAGCUCUGCCACUGGGUCUGGGGGGACUGAGCCUCAAAGGCACGGAGGAGAAAGAACGCAAGACGUCCGAACGGACGCCCCUGCCCCAGCCCCCCAGACCUCGCCAGAGAGAGUGGGGUGACCGGCUCUUGGCUCGGACGGAGCGGCCCACUUCCCGGCCGGAUGCAGGGCUGCCUCCCUCUGGUCCGCUCACACUCUGGCCCUCUCCCACGGACUUAGCCAAAGAGCAUCCCCUGGGGCCUCAGGGUCCCUCGGAAACACGGACAGCUGUGCUUCCAAAGCAACGUGUGCGAUACCUACGUAACUCCGUCAGUAGUUACGAAAAGUGCGAAACCACCUGUGGACUUCGGGGAGACACUUCUGGCAUCCCUUGAUUUCUCCUUUGAAUGGCGGAUGUGGAGCUGGUGGCUGCCCGGCGGUUUACAAGCUCUCUUCUCUCUGGAGACGUUAAGGCUGGUGAUGCUGGCGCUGUUGGAGCUGCUCCGUGGAAGGGACAAAGCACCCACCCCCGUGGGUGAGCCGGAGCUGGCGGUGCUUCUGCGCGGGUCCACACCAUCCUGUGCGCGGCCUGGCCCUGACUUCCUGUGUUUCUCCUGAUGCAGUGGAGGCCGGCGGGCUGCCGUCCCCGGGGCACAUCCACGUGGACCCCUCUCCUGCGUGUGUUCUGAACCUGCCAUCACCUCCUGUCCUUGGGGCCACAGCGCUGCAGCAGGACGGGAGCGACUUGCAUAAGGAUGUAUUUAUGGACGCGUAUUUUGCAUAAACACCUAUUUAUAGAAUUUGUUUUUUACCUGACGGUGUGCUAAGCACUUGUGAAUUCUACCCGGAGGGUGUCGGGACUUGCGUGGAAUGUCUAUUGUGGGUGAUCUCAGUUAAAACUGUGGGUAUGUAAAUAUAUUUUAAUAUUUAAAGCAUA